UAUUUUAGUAUAAAAUUUAUAAACAUUUAUAAAUUAUGAUUUUGCUCAGUUGCUUCUUCUAAACCCAUUUAGUUUAGACUCCAUCGGGAGCGCCCUCUAGUGUCUGAAAAAGCAAGAAAACAUUCUGAAGUGGGAACUCUCUUCUCUAUAGAGAUUCUCCUACUGGAGUUAAUGUUUGGAGACGCUUAGGUUAAAUGUGAGGCUUUAUUUAACUCAUAUUUCACAACAUUGUGUGUUUUUAUAGACGUUUUAGUGCGUUACAAGACAGCACGAUUUGAGAACAUGUUGUUAACCGCUCAGAACAUUUAGUAAACUACUUAAUUCGCUGGGUUAAUGUUAGCAAGCUAGGUUAGCUAACUAAGCUACAGUUAGUAUAUUUGUCAUCAACUGUCUGGUUAAGGCAACGUUAACGUUAGUUCGAUGUGUAGCCUAGUUAAGCAAUAAGUUUCGCUAGAUAGCUGUUUAUUAGCUAACCUAACUAACAUAGGUAAAUAUUUACUGCUUUUCUAAAAUCCAUCUGAUUCAGUUGUUCAUUGUUACAAUAUGCCAAAAUUGUAUAAUCUGAUAAGGUUAUAACACUGUGAGAAAUUUUGGGAAUAUCAUCAUGAAGUCCAGUGAUCCUGUUUUCACCAGACACAACCCCUUUCCUCCAGAACCACAGUUCACUAGAGCCCAUUACAAUCCAUCUCGAGCAAAGAAGAUUCCUAAGCAGCAGAAGAGACUGGCCCUGAGCCCUGUCCGCUUUGACCAGCUGGCCAGUUCUCCUGACUCUUCUCCUCACGCUGCAGCUCUCAGCCCAGAGGACCAGCGCUUCCUUAAAGGAUCUCGCCGAGUUGUUUUCUGCCCUCCUCCGUCUGUAAAAGAUCAGCAGAUAUUUUCUGAGUCCUGGCCUUCCACCGAUCAGUCUUCCUCUCCUGCCAGUGUGACAAUUUCAUCCUCCUCAGAGCCCCAGGCUUUAACAGCAGAUCACACAGAGCCCAGUGGAACUCAGGAAUCUUCAGUACUGGCAAAGUAUAUUGAGCGAUUCCGUUAUGGAAGACCACAAAGCCGUGAGGAAAGACAGAGGGUGACAACUGGAUUAGAUGGACAUCCGUUGUGGUCGAUGUCCUCUUCCUCUCCACAGCCUUCCAGCUCCACUCCCACCCAAAUCUCCAAGGAACACUUUAGAGGUUCACAUGAACUCAGGAGUGACAGAAAUGAUAGCACAGGCAGCAUGCGCAGUCCAGCUGAGCAGUCUCGGGCCAACAGGUCACUCUCUCCUCCCAGAGGCCUGCUUGACCUGAGUGCACUUGACUUGUCUGAUUCCUCCCACUGUGAGCCAGCAGAGCCAGAGAUUCUGCAGCUUCAGGAGGGAGCCAGCAGGCUUCUGCAGAAGAGUGAGAACUCUCUCAGUAGUGGCUCCAGCGGUCUACCCAUCAGCUCUGAGGGUCUGGGCUGCACUGAUUUCUCUUCUCCUGUAAGUGUUGAUGAGCCAGUGCGAAGACCUAUAGUACCUGGAUUAAUGGACACAGCUAACUUGCUAUCAGCAUCCAGUGUAUCUAGAGGAGGUCUCAUUCCUGCUCCAUCCAUGCUGGGCACCAGAGGUUCACGUACUCGCCCUGAGGAUGACAUCCUGUUUCAGUGGCGCCUGAGGAGGAAGAUGGAGCAGGCCAGACAGUGGAGUGAAAUAUCCUCCCAUACUUCAUCUUUUCAUCAGCCUCCACUGAGCCGACUGGCACAACAGCCCAGCCCUGUCUCUGCUGAUCCCUCUCAAACUGCAGUUUAUUCACCUGCACCUGCUGCAGAGAGACCUGCUGCUGUAAGCAUCUCUGCAUGUUCAGCCUAUCAGCCAGCACUUCCUGUCUCCAGCACAACCAUCUGCACAGAACUCCAUCCAGAGACCAGCAAACAAACUCCAGAAGAUCCCACUACCUUCAGCUCUUCUGUCCCCUUACCCCAGCCUGCCAAACAGAGGACCACUGUCCACCACCAGGGCCCUUCUAACUUCCCACAGUGCCAUCCAAGAGCCUCAGGAAGCCCCUCAGGGAGCUCAGUGGAGCCCUGCAAAAAGCACCACACCCAAUCCUUACCCUCUCCACAGCCUUCUGAAUGGACAGAUGGGGAAGAGUAUGGAUACCAGCACAGAGAGGACAAGCAGACCAAAGGCAAGCUAGUGGUGGAGAGGAGCAGAACAAAGGUAGCAAAGGAAAGCAGAAAGAAACAAUUGGACAGGCACGUAGGGUAUGGAAAUGACGACAAUAAGGGAAACCAAAUCAAUUCCAAAGCCAGCAAUAGACAUGGUAGAGGUCAAGAACGAGUCAGCCGCAAGGCCAAAGGGACCAGAAGAGAAAAUAGGAGGCACAGUGAGGGUCUAAGUUCAGGAGAUCAUGCCCCGCCCCCUUCACCUAUACACAACACACUGGGACAGGUUGUGUCUGAGGUCCUAUUUCUUGGAACUGAUUCACCAACCCAAUCCAGAACCCCGUGUUCCUCAGACUCUUCCAGACUCACCCCCCUUCCCCCUCCUCAGUCCCCUGCUCCUCCUCCUCAAAGUGUACCACAGCCAUCUGAGGUAAUAGGUCAGCUGAUGCAAGAAGCACAAGACUCAGAUGGGCUAGAAUUUGAAGAUGACCCCUUACUUUUAGUUCUUCGACAGCAGAGAAAAUGGGUAAAAGAGCAGUUACGUGAGGUAGAUGCGACGUUGGAUGAGCUGAACGAGGACUAAUGUUUACUGUGGACAAGAAAGCACUGUCACGCACAAACACAAUCAAGUUUAUUCUUAGGAAAUCAAUACAGUGCAUUUCAUUUGUGUGUGAAAUAUUUAUGUAAAUGUAAUUUACAGUGUUAAUAAAAUGAUUUGGAAAAAUAUAUAUAUAUUUAAAGACUUUCACAAUGCAUUAGUCAAAACAGUGCAUAAAAUAAGAAUUCACAC